GGUUGAAUCAGUCAUUCGUAGCGUAGCUCUAAGUACACGAGGAUUUUAAUGUUUCCAAUGUUGAAGAGUGUGACUAAUAUUUUGUAAAUUUUCUUAUUUAUGUUCUAUUUCAAUUGUUCAUUUUUGUGUUGAAUUGAAGCAAUUUAAAAUUCACAUUCCUGUACUGGUAGAACUAUGAUUAGAAGACGCUGGCCGACUUUGACCUAGAUACAAAUGAAGGAGAAAUGCCUGGCCCUUGCUGCUUUAGUUGUAUGCCUGAUCACUCGGGAUGUGAUAUCACAAACUUACAGCAGCACAGUGGCUAUUAUGAAGGACAUCGUAGAGAAUGGUGACUACCACACGGAAGUGCGUCCUCUCAAAGAUCAGUCUCAGGUCAUGAAAGUUUAUGUCAACUUUGAAAUGGUGUCUAUUGUGGGACUUGACGAUGUCACUCAAAGCUUCACCGCCAACGGCUUUCUGUUGCUUGUUUGGCAAGACGAGAUGAUUACAUGGGAUCCCAGUUUGUAUGGCAACCAGACGUUAAUCCAUCCCGUACCUGAGAAGAUCUGGAGACCGAGAGUUGUGCUGAUGAAUACACUUGGAGACAGGGAUCUCUUCCAGGACGAUGUAGCGCCAGUCUUUAUAACCAACGACGGUGUUGCCAACUGGGUACCAGGCAGUCUGAUCCCCGUAUCCUGUGAGUUACAAAUGUCAGAUUAUCCAUUUGACGAACAGACGUGUACAAUCACUUUCUUUGCCAUGCAGUACACCACAUCCGAGCUUGUCUUUGUGGCCAUCUCAUCCGAAGUGCUGCUGGAUUUCUUCGUUACUCACGGAGAGUGGGAGCUCAAAGAUACAGGCUUGAAUGUCACGGAGUUGAUCUCGGGAACCUGGGUCGCGUCGGCUAUACAGUUGAAAUUUAAACUGAAAAGACGGCCAACAUUUCUUCUGAUCAAUAUUGUUCUACCAGUUGUCUUUCUUUCUUUUCUCAACCUCCUGGUAUUUGUUAUCCCUGCAGAUUCAGGGGAGAAGAUCAGUUAUGAUGUAUCUAUGGAAUUACUCCUAGGCAUCACAGUGUUGUUGGCCCUGUCGGUAUUUCUCAGCAUCGUUAGCAGUAUGCUGCCUCGUUCUGGGACCACAACUCCCAAGCUGACCAUCUACCUCUUUUUGUUGCUCAUCAUCUCCAUGUUGACCGUCAUCGACAGCAUCAUCAUUGUCUACCUGGCUCACAAAGACGAGAAAGAGACGUCCCAUUUGAAAGCCAAAGAAAAUUUUCAAAGUGCUUUCUCUAAAACACAAACAUUGACGUCAACAAUUUCCUCCAUGUUAAACAACAAAGUGAAACCUAACGACAAUGUCAAUCCUAAUGACUCCAGCCCAAGUCCAAACAAUAAAACGUCUGACGCUGACUCUCAAAGAGAUAGAAACUUCACCUACGUUGACAUGAAAGAUGAAGCGAAUGAAUCUAAAAACAAUAAAACUCCUCCCAGAGUUAAUAACUACAGACUGAUAGGCAAACACAUAGACAGGGUCUCUUUCAUUUUCUUCUCUGUUCUGUGGAUCUUAGUGACAUUGGGAUUCUUGUUAGACUUAGCCAUCUGAUAGUUUACAUUUUAGAAAUUUUGAAGAGAAACUUAUUUGUAAAUAAUAUUUUUUUUUUAAUAACAAGUUACCACUCGCUCGUCACGUUAAGGCUGAGAAACGUUGCAUUGUCGUUCCAAACA